AUGGCAGACCACUUUGGCAUUGUUUACGGUGCUUCACUACUUCUCGGAGGUUUAAUGGGUUAUAUUCGUCGUCGAAGUAAAAUGUCACUUAUAACUGGUGUUAUCUUCGGCGCUUGGUCUAUGUACAAUGCGUUACAUCCUUCGCGUCAAAAUAAUGUUGCUAACUUUGCUAUUGCUGUAUUUCUUGGUGUUGUGAUGUUAGUACGCUUUGCGAAAAGUGGUAAAUGGUUUCCAGCUCUUUUGAUCGUUGCUUUAUCAAGUGUACAAGUCUAUCGAAAUUAUUCACAUCUCAAAUGA